UUUCUCUUUCCCCAGGGCGACUGACAAGCUCAUUCUGCCGUCCUUGUGGCUCUGUGGAACAAGCGCCACCUUCCCGCCGACCAACUGACCUUAUCUCUCACGCAAGGACUCCCCUUCGUCACCCUCUUCAUUCUACGCCCCUCAGGUUGAAUCAUUUUCAUGUCCACGCAACGAGAAAGCUCCUUGGAACUGCGUGUCGGCAAGAAAUUCCGCCUCGGCCGCAAAAUCGGCAGCGGGUCGUUCGGGGAUAUUUACCUCGGGACGAACAUGACUUCGGGAGAAGAAGUCGCCAUCAAGUUGGAGUCGGUGAAGAGCAAGCAUCCCCAGCUCUUGUAUGAAUCCAAGAUCUACAAGAUUCUCAAUGGCGGAUUGGGCAUUCCCAACAUCCGCUGGUUUGGCGUUGAAGGCGAGUACAAUGUCAUGGUGAUCGACCUCCUCGGUCCGUCGUUGGAAAACCUAUUUGACUAUUGCGGUCGCCGCUUCCAACUUAAGACGGUGCUUAUGAUUGCCGACCAACUCAUCAGUCGCUUGGAGUACUGCCACUCGAAGAAUUUUAUCCAUCGCGACGUGAAGCCCGAUAACUUUCUUAUCGGGCUUGGCAAACGCGCGCAGAUAUGCCACGUGAUUGACUUUGGGCUUGCCAAGAAGUACCGUGACCCAAAGACUCACCAGCACAUUCCAUACCGAGAGAACAAAAACUUGACGGGGACUGCGCGUUACGUGUCGAUCAAUACCCACAUUGGCAUUGAGCAGAGUCGUCGCGAUGAUUUGGAAUCGCUCGGUUACGUGUUCAUGUACUUUAUCCGCGGUAGCUUGCCGUGGCAAGGGCUCAAGGCGAACACGAAGAAGCAAAAGUACGAGCGAAUCAUGGAGAAGAAGAUGAACACCCCGAUCGAAGUGCUGUGCAAGGGGUAUCCCGCCGAAUUCCGUGCCUACUUUGAGUACACGCGCGCGUUGCGUUUCGACGACAAGCCCGACUACGCUUACCUCAAGCGCCUCUUCAAGGAAUUGUUCUUUCGCAAGGGCUUCCAGUUUGACGCGAUGUUUGACUGGACGGUGUUGAACUUGCAAAACGGACGAAGGGACGGAAGUGGUAGCACCAGUGGCGCCCCUGCCGCCCAAGCAGCCCCUGCGGCAUUGACUCCUGUUGCAGCCCAAAUGGGCGCCCCUGACCAAGGUCCCAGCGGCUAUGAUAGCCGAGGCCAACCAGUUGGCGGCAACGGGUUCAUGGGUGGUGCGGCGGCUGGCAUCGACCCCCGCGUGCGUGUGGACCCUCGCCUUCAAGACCCCCGCGCCGCGGUCGCGUCGUCUGGUCGGCUCUACAGUCGUGAAGACUCAAAGGAAGGCGAGUACCAAGAAAUGCAACGAAUGCAAGACCUGCGCAUGCAACCCAGCAGCGCCCCGUCUGGGUACGGGAACCCCGGCGUCCGCGACGACAGACUAUACGUGGCGCCUCGAAUGGCACCAGCGGGCGUGGACAUGGGCGAGUCCAAGAUGAGCCAGCGCCAGAGAUAUUAGUUCAUUUAGCCCCUCCAACACGAAAGCAAUGCACUCCUUUCAACGAUUAUGGCGACCCGUUUGCAUCGUAGUGCGACCGAAUGAGGCUCGCUGAUUGGUAAAAAUACACGUCUUGCUGCCA